GCUGAUAAGAGGCAAGUGUGGUCCCUUUAUAAACCACAUAAGCCAGCCGUUAGGCCAAUCACCACAUAGUUGCCACCAUGAAGACACUGAUUCUUAUUGCUGCCUUGAUCGGAGUAUCGUUUGCCGCCUCGACGGCCAAGCCCGAUGUUGAGUGUAUGAGCGAUACGGACUGCGCGGACUUGGAGUGUUGUUACAAGAAGCACGAGUACCUCGUGGUCAGCCGCCAGACGUUCGAGGGCUACCCUCUCCCACAUUCACAGGACCUAGCACACACAAAGGGAGUGUGUCAGUCGUACCACAACACGGGUGACUCGUGCACACCGUACGACCAACGCAACGGCUACUGCAGCUGUAACACGAAACGCGGCGAGUACUGCAUGGCCUCCAUGAACGGAGACGUCCACAGCUACCAGUGCCAGGCCGGUAUGCUCGCCUCCAGGAAGUAAACACGCUACCUUCUUAUAUCUUGUGAUAACAUCAAGCGUUGAACUAGUUAUACAUCACCUUGAAAAAUAAACUAAUUAAGAGUU